GUACGUUGUCAUGUCAAUGUGAGAGAUAAAACACAGGAAAUGAUGGAAAAUAUGGCCGAUUCAGAACCAUCGAUAUGGAGACAUAAAGAGAGAGAGACUGUUUAUCAGAAUGCAGAUUUUGUCCAUGGGAUCAGAAAUCAUGAGAAUGGAAUCAUUAUUGAUCCUGAGAUGGUAAUUCAAGAAACAGAUGACGAAUUGGUACCAGCUUCUAAGAAUUUUUUUAAUGAAGAAACUUGGAAGAAAUGGAAAUUAAAAUCUGGUCUGGUAGUUGUCGAUCUCUUGGCGGCUUCUGCUCGUGAGAUUGGUCAUCCUUUCAGACCUGAGGUAUGGGGAAUUGUUCGUUGCGGUUAUAGAAUUGCGAAACCAAAGUGGUGUAGUAGUGAAGACUACUUGGAAAUCCAAAAAUUUACACGACGUGCAACAAUCGACUGUCCAGAAAUCAUAUCUAAGCUUUUAAAACUAAAAUCGCUUGAAUCUCUAGAACAUAGUAUAGAAGAUAUUCAUUUACUAAAUAAUAUUGACAAAAGAAUCGGAGGAGAUGGUAAAAAGCUUAUCCUAGAAGAACUCAAGAUAACUUGUGUAAUUUAUCACGAAGUCUUUCCAGAAUAUUCGAUAAUGCAACAGCAAUGCAUAUCGGAAUCAGAUUAUGGUGGUUAUGUCAUUCACCCUUCCCUAAAAAGCAUGCUUUUUGGGUUAGAAAAGAACUUGCAUUACCACAUAGGAGAAAUAAUUCUAUCUUCGGUAAAAGCAUGUCGUGAAAGACGCAAGCUCGUCACUUCAUUUGAACAAAAAGCUGAUGGAGUUUUUUCUGUGCGAUUAAAGAAAUCUUUUGUAGAAGUUGGACAUUUGGAGAUGAGUGGCGGAUACGGCGACAAAGAUCUCCCUCGAUCAACGUGGGAUGGUUGCUGUAAAUUGCCAAUAGGUAAUGCGUAUAUGCUGGAAGAAAUCGGUGAGCGAUUUCGCGGAGCUUCAUGUGAAACAUUUUCAAAAAUGAGCGUUUUUUCUUUGCAUACUUAUGAUAACCGAAUUGAGUUAUGGAGGAUGCAUGUUCCGUCUCGCGGCGUUCUACAAUAUGAACGAACACAUAAAACAAUCGUUCCUACCUGUUUCGAAGAAGAGCGAAAAAAGUUUUUUGAUUUCGUUGUUGUCUUGUGGGAUCUUAGGUGUUGGUUGUUGGAAGUUGUUGAAGUUAUUCAUAGACUACAAGAUGAACAUAAUGGUUCAGACAUGAAAGUGACCAAUCUCUCUGGUACUCUUCCACCACACCCAUUUACACCACAAAAGGAUAAACACAAAAAAGGUAUUACAGCUGCUUAUGCACAUAGUGAUCCAGGUAGUUCACCUAUUCGUUAUGAGAUUUGA